AUGGCUUCUGGCGGAGCAAUGGAGUAUCUCAAUAUUACUGAUGAGGUGCCAGGGUUAAUACCAGUAGAAAGUAGCGUUGAGGCAUUCUCUGGGGACACUGUAACCCUCUCCACAUUCAUCUCCACUACCAACGGUCUACUGACUUAUGUCCACUGGAAAGACCCAAGUGGAGACACAGUGUUAGAAUACCCUGCACCGGGGGAGGAGGUGAAUGCGCUACCGAGCAAUCUGGUUAUCAGUGACGCAUCUCUGGAGGAAUCCGGGACUUAUAACGUGACAGUCCAGUCACGGGAGGGACUCAUUUCAGAGGACACACCCUCAUCUUUCUCAGUGUCCUUGGAUGGCACGGUGACAGUGACGAGCACACUGACCAUCACUGAAUCUCGGUACGACGACAGAGGGAGGUACAGCUGUUCGGCAUACAACACCCUGACAACCAUCAGUCACACUGACACCACUGAAUCCACUCUCAACAUUAACCCCAUGAUCCGGAUAGAAAGUGAAGACCUCACCAGCAACGUGGUGUUGGCAUCGUUUGGAACUUCGCUAACAAUCCAGUGUUUCGGCUCCGGGAAUCUUGUCUGGACCACGCCCCCUAAUCAGACCGUCUUCACCUCGUACGACCCAUCCCGGAACGUUUUAACCCUUUCCAUCCCGAAUUUCGUCACUCCCGCCCGAUACACAUGUUCGUCUGAUCUUGUCGCGGGUCUGGAGAAGACCAUUCUCAUAACUACCGAUGUGCUCCCCUCGGCGAGGGUGUCUCCGUCACGACGGACUGUGGAAGUAGGGGACUCUGUGGAUGUGGUGUGUGCUACUGAUGGAACUGGACCUCUGGACACCCAGUGGAUUGCUGAGAAUGGUGAUGUUGUUGCCGAUGGAAGCCAGCUCACCAUAGCAACAGCGACUCUAGUCCAUUCCGGUGUGUAUACCUGCGCUGUCUCCAGUCCAUUCUCGGCAGCACAGGCAACCUUUGACCUCACAGUCCUCGGUGAAGCGACUUGUGGCACUGAUCGAUAUGAUGAUGUCAUCAGCCCCACCCACAAGGUGUCGUUUUACCAUGGCGACGGGGAUCCCCUUUCCUUCAGAUGUCUGGUCAAUGGUUCAGUCGGUGACACCAGCUUUACUUGGCAGCUGUCAGGAGGAGGUUCAGUUCCCAGUGUGACGAUGGUGGACUCCACUGGUAGUGGUAGUGUGCUGACCUGGACCCACAGGCUAGAGUACACAGACACCGGGACCUACGUCUGUCUGGUGAGAGAGCCAGCCACGGGGAGACUCGCUCUGCUACUGUCACCUCAACAGUCCUUCGGCCCCGCCCUCACCUGUACCGCCUUUGCCUCCCCGUCUCCGCCCGACGUGAAAUGGAGCAAAAACUCUGGAAGUCUUCCUCGCGGAAUCGACACCAACACGACGGUCGUCGGAGGAAUAGCCAUUUCGCAACUGGUAUUCUCCUCGCAGUUCAGCGUAGCCAACGUCGGUACAUACAAAUGUGAGGUGAGGAGAACCGGGGAAGAAGGGCUGGUUGAUUCCCAGUUGGUGGAGCUGUCACAAGGUGACCCCGCUACUACGGCACCAGUGGGAGACUGCGAGAGUGUGUCAGAGGACAUGGUCCUGUUCCAGCUCCGCGUGGCGACGUCCGGCUGCAUGACGUGGAAUCAGGACAGGAAAUCGGCCAUCACCGAAGAAUUUCAAAACUUUCUCUUCCGCCUCAUGUCAACGCAGUGCCACCAGGAAGACUGCGUCACCAAGGAAACGCUCACUGUUGUUAGUCUUGAAUGCAGCGAUGUCAAAGAAGGCGGGGCAGUCUUCAGGGGAACAAUAGAAACAGGCUCCGCCUCCAAGACGGAAAUGGUGACGUGUGCUCUGUCUCGCUGGCAGAGGUCGCGACCUCUAGUGACGGUGGAAGACAAACAGAUUCUAUGUAGACUCUCAGUGUGGGCUUCAAAUAGAGUCGUACGCGGAGGAAGAGUGUUUGGAGCCAGAGAGCGAGGGACAAAAGGACAUGAGGAUGAUACUGAUGAUAGCCGUGGAUGGCACUAAUCCAUAUGAAGUAAACACUAUGAUGAGUUACAGUCAGACCAGAGAUCCAACCUGUCUUCAGACUGAUCAUGGCAGUCAUAGGAUCUCGGUCGGGAGCAUGAGCAGACAACAGACAACCCGUUUUACGAUGACACUGACCCGUUGACAAUAUCUACCACCGCCACCUGUUAGUCCGGUCUACGACGAGCACUCUCCCCCGACCGACGCCCCCUCUUCAUGGUCCCCCCAGAAUCACUUCCGAGGAACAGAAACAAAUUUCAACGACUCGGGGUGGUCCCUCUCGCUGCCCCGGGAUCAGGGUCCCCUCCCCAUGAACCCCGACGCGCCCACGUGAAGACAGCUGCUCAACCGUACCAGAUCCCCACAGCCAGCACGAGCAGUCUUAACAAUGUGGGUGUGGCCAACCCCCUGUGGGGGGUGGAGCGAAACCCCACCCCCCGGGGCGAGAGGAGAUUAUCGGAGGGUCCCCCUCCUUCUCAUCACUCCCCGGCUCAACUUGUGGGAGGGGCGGUGAGCUGCGUUACCAUUCAGGACAGAGGUCUAUCUCGUCCUGUAGGACAGCUAUCGACUAGAGACCAAACAACAGGGGUCUCCUCGUCAAGCGAGGACUACUCCCAUCUCGAUUUCUCCCCUCCCAGCAAAUCGGUUAGUUGUCUGGGGGCCGCCCCCCCGCGGAAAUGUUAUGGUUCGAGUGAGGGUUCGUACUCUUCCCUCGGUGAGGCUGAACCAACUGUCAGACAGUACGAUGCAAUCAGGAACUCCCAUGUCCGAUCCAGUUCAGCCUCCUCCCCCAGACAAAGACCCCGCCCACUAUCCCUCCCCAAAGACACACCCCUCGGGCCUACCAAUGAUGUCAUCUCAUAAAGCCCCUCCCACUUCGUCAGCUCAUUCCAGCGUCCCCUCGUCACUACACAUGAAGCAACGACUGAUGCUCACUGAAACUAGUCUUGUCUAGAUUCCAGCAAAUCAGUUAUGUCGCAGUAUUUUUUUAUUUUUACCGUAUCACCUCCUGCAGCACUGUUUAACAGUUUUCAAAGAUUUAAUUUUUUUGGACUUUCUUUUACCAUAGGU